CAGUCAAUCACGCUGGUUAGUAAGCACUGCUGUUUAGUCCUUGCCAUUACCACCUACCUGUAUGUGACAAUUCGGGCAGAUUGCAGCAAAGAUUGCGCUUCCUGUGCUUACCAUUUGGGGCAAGCAACUGAAAUCAACGCUUUGACAUGCACAUUGGAAUGUGAAGGACAACUGCCAUCUGCCAAAGCCUGGGCAACCUGCAAAGAGCUUCUUCAAACAGCCAAGGAGGACAAUGCAUCAGAAGCUGAGAAAGAGAUAGAUGAUAGCCACUUACUAGCCAAAAAAUAUGGUGGAUUUAUGAAGCGAUAUGGUGGCUUCAUGAAAAAGAAAAUGGAUGAGCUGUACCAUACCGAACCAGAGGAAGAAUCUACAGGUGGAGAGGUUCUUGCUAAGAAGUAUGGAGGUUUCAUGAAGAAAGAGUUUGACAGUGAUACUUCAGAUCUCCUCAGAGAGCUUUUAGGUACUGGUGCAGAUGCUGACAGUGACACACCAGGAGAAGUGAACAAAAGGUACGGAGGCUUCAUGAGAGGUUACAGAAGAAGUCCAGAUGUUGAAGAUGAAGCUAAAGAGCUGCAGAAGAGAUAUGGUGGCUUUAUGAGAAGAGUAGGCAGACCUGAAUGGUGGCAGGACUACCAGAAAAGAUAUGGUGGGUUCAUGAGGCGCUUUGCUGAUUCUUUUCUUCCUUCAGAUGAAGACGGUGAGAGCUAUUCCAAAGAAAUCCCAGAAAUGGAUAAAAGAUAUGGUGGAUUUAUGAGAUUUUAG